AUUUUUAAGUUUAAGGCCAAAAUUCUGAGGAGAAAAAAAAGUCAGACUUCUUUCUCUUUUCUAUAUCUCUCUCUCUCUUUCUCUCUCUCUCUCUCAGUGGUCCUAAUCCUCGCCCCCGCAUCCAUCGACGCUCCUCUCGGUCAGAAUCAAAAGUCGCAUCUCGGCGCGCAGCAGCGGAUGACGGACGGACCCUCCCUCCCUCUGACGCGCUCGAGCUGCUCAGAGAUCAGCCCGUGUUUGUCAGAGCGCAGCGGAGCGCGCGCAGCUCCGGACGCACCUGAGCGGUCCGCGCGGAGCACUGUGACCACCACGACGGUCUCUCUCUCUCUCUCUCUCUCUCUCUCUCUCUCUCUCUCUCUCUCUCUCUCUCUCUCUCUCUCUCUCACUAACACGUUCACACACCCACUCCCGUGGAACAUCUGCCACGUCGCCUCCGAUGGACAGAGGGGUCGAACCCCCUCGCCCCCCGGCGGCUCGUCACUGAGGCGGACUCCCAGGGGCUCUGUCUUUUCCUCGCGCUCCUCUUGCUGAAAGCGGGACUUCCAAGAAGAACAGGAAGUCCGGGGAGCUCCCCGUAAAAUCCCCGUCGCCACGAUGUCCCGCGCCGUCUGCGUGGGAAACUUAAAGACACGCUGCGUGGCGACGGACGCGUUCGUGCUAGCAAGCCGGAGCGGAUGGACUCCCGCCCCGCAGCGCACCUGAUGCGAUCUUUGAUGCUGAAUGGGUGACGAGCCUCCAGUCGCUUCAUACACUCGACGCAUUGUGCAGGACAGGUUCCCCCAGCCGGGUCGCAGUGAUGUACCAGGAGGUGGCCUUCUUGGCAGGCAACACUGACCACCAGUUCACCCCUUUCCGCUUUAACCGCGUGGAAAAUCCACAGGAAGUCACAUCCAAGAAGGGCUUGUUCUACAAGAGAGCCCAGGUUCUGCUCCAGCCUCAGCCGAACCAGCAGGACGGAGACGAAGCGGGCCUGGCCGACAGGGCGGCCAUUAUCAACGUCGGGGGGAUCAAGUAUCUCAUCCCCUGGUCCACUCUGGACGAGUUCCCGCUGACCCGACUUGGCAAGCUGCGCAGCUGCAGCAACGAGGCCGAGAUCAUGGAUGUGUGCGACGACUACGACGUCAGCCGCAACGAGUACUUUUUCGACCGCAACCCGUCUGCCUUCCGCAUCAUAGUGACCUUCCUGGCAGCGGGGAAGCUGAGGCUGCUGAGGGAGAUGUGCGCCCUUUCCUUCCAGGAGGAGCUGCUCUACUGGGGCCUGGAGGAUAACAACCUGGAGUGGUGCUGCCUCCGCAAGCUGCGCCUCAGGCAGGAGGAGUUCAAGGAGCUGCAAAGGCUGGAGGAGGAGGAAGUCGAGCUCACCUCCCCACAGUCCUGCGAGGAGAGCCAGCAGCCUCCGGGCGGGCCAGAGGAGACCCUCUCGGGGGGCUGCAUGCGGAGGCUCAGGGACAUGGUGGAGAACCCGCACUCCGGCCUGCCCGGCAAGAUCUUUGCUUGCCUGUCUGUGCUGUUUGUAGCCAUCACCGCGGUGACGCUGUGCGUCAGCACCAUGCCGGACCUCAGAGAGGAGGAGGAGAGGGGUGAAUGCUCCCAGAGGUGCUACAACAUCUUCGUUCUGGAAACGGUCUGCGUCGCCUGGUUCUCCCUGGAGUUCCUUCUGCGCUUCAUUCAGACUCAGAGCAAGUGCGCGUUCCUGCGCACGCCGCUCAACAUCAUCGACGUGGUGGCCAUCCUCCCCUACUACAUCACCCUGAUUGUGGACUCUCUGUCUGUUGGGGGAAAGCCUGCGGGCUCGGGGAACAACUACCUGGAGAAGGUGGGCUUGGUCCUCCGGGUCCUGCGGGCCCUGCGGAUCUUCUACGUGAUGAGGCUGGCCCGCCACUCGCUGGGCCUGCAGACGCUGGGCCUGACGGUGAAGAGGUGCACGCGCGAAUUCGGCCUGCUGCUGCUCUUCCUCUGCGUGGCCAUGGCCCUGUUCGCGCCGCUGGUGUUCCUCGCCGAGAGCGAGUUGGGCGCCAAGCAGGAGUUCACCAGCAUCCCCGGCAGCUACUGGUGGGCCGUCAUCUCCAUGACCACCGUCGGCUACGGCGACAUGGUCCCCAGGAGCAUCCCGGGCCAGGUGGUGGCGCUCAGCAGCAUCCUGAGCGGCAUCCUGCUCAUGGCCUUCCCCGUCACCUCCAUCUUUCACACCUUCUCCCGCUCCUACGUGGAGCUGAAGGAGGAGCACAACAGGGCGCUGAGGCAGAAGCCCGACUCGCAGGACAGCACCAAGUCGCAGAACAGCGAGGACUCGCAGGAGACGGACAGCUACCGUGGCAUGGCGGAGGCCACUGCGGUGGUGGCGGCGCAGAGGAGGAAGUCCAUGGCUGCUCAGAGGGCGGCUGAGAUUAGAGCCUCCAUGAACACUUAGAUGCCGGCGGUGGAGUGACUUUUCUGGGGAAGCUGUGACAGUCGUCAUGAGAAUUCAAAGACAACAAGCUGAAGAGAAGGGAGAGUUCCCUGCUUUGACUUGCAUCAGAUUAUAUCUGCGGGUCGCCAGGUUUACAAAGGAGCAGCAGAAAUCUUUUCGUUUGUAGUCUAGUCAAAUCUUACUUUGACAUUUCAGAAAUAGCACAAUAUCCUAGAUGAAACACCUUUAGCAACGUAAGACUGAUGGCCGGGAAGCUUGUGAAAAGAAAUCUAACACCACAGCAUCACAGUCUGUUCUUCAGAGCCUGGACUGAAACACACAGUGUUUUUAACUCCAUUUGUCAGCCAUACAUUAUGUGAAGAUACAUACAGCAGAAAUCAGAUAUUUACAUACAUCCAUUGUUUAGACAAACGUUUCCAGUUUUAAGUCAGUAGAUAGUGUUUUUAAAUUGGGGGCCACCAGGUGGCGCCUAGGGGUCUUCAGAAAACCAAAACUGAAAAAAAAUAAAAAAUAGAAUUUUUAAUCAAAUUUUUAAAAAUCACAAAUAGUUUUUUGUUAUUAUAAAAUAUACAUUAAAAUAUGUUAUUUAAAUGUUAAUUUCCAUGCGCAUCUUUCUGAUUUGCUGCCAGUCAAAUUUGUAAAGUUGCUUUGCUCUGUAAACUAGCAAAGCUAACAUAGCUAUGCUAUCAAAGCCAAAUGGACAAGAUAAUGGUUAAACCAAGACAGAAGAAACGCCCUGUUAUGAAGAAUAAACAUGAGAAAAAAAAAAUCUAAAAGUUGAUACUUCUCUAACUAUUUUGUUGCAUUUCUUGUAGCGUUAGCUUCCAGAGGCUCACCCCUAGAAGCUAACGCUGUUUGGUGAAGGUUUGGGAACCUCUGAGUUACAAUUACUAAAAUCUCCACUAACAUCUUUUGAACAGUAUUAGAUGAUGAUGCCAUUUGAGUUACCUGGAUACACACUUAUGGAUGGAUGUGUCCCAGAGAUCAGUGUGUUUUGCUGCUAAAUGUGUAUCGACACCAAAGGCAAAGGGAAAGAUUCUGACCAGCUGACAUGGAAAAAGAUUUUUUUUAAAAAUGCAAUAAAAUCAACAUAGCCCUUUGUAUUUGGUUCCAAUGCCUUCUGAAAUUUUCUGUAUGUUUGGCCAUAUUGGAGGAAAAAGAGGGAAACUUUCAAGAAAAAAUAGUACCAAAUUUGAAGUAUGGAGAGGCAGCUUUAGAGAAAAGGAUUGUCUAAAACAAUCCUCUCAUAAUUCUGGCAUAGAGGAAAUAGAAAUAUUUUGUUUGGUUUCAUUUGAUAACAUACUUAUAGUGUGUGUAAAUAUCUGGUUUCAACUUUACAUUUUCAUGUUUGUUUUGGCCUUUGACUAAACCAAUUGUUUAGAGGUGAGGUCGGAAUAAGUCACGCACACGCAAAACAAAAGAAACACAAUCUACAUCUGCAAGUGGUGAUAAAAAAAGUAAUUUCUUGUAUAGAACGAUGGGAUGACUGAACCUCAUGCUGAUCCUUUUCAAAAGAUGCCACUUUCCUGUUCCCUUAAACACAUCGUAGUUAAGACAGGCGUUGUUCACUAUGUACAGAAAUCAGGUCGCAUCCACUGCAGUGUUCUCAUAAAGUUCAGACUGAAUGAGUCGAUUACAUCCGAACCACCAAGCAGACAGACGUGACAUUUUCAAAAUUGAGUCUAGACAAAUAAAUCAAACAGCGUUUUAUUACCUUCAUCAACACGGCUUAUAAUUGUGUGAGGUGUUUAUUGAAAGAGCCGUUUUUAAAAAUACGGUUAGUUUCCAAAAAUAUUUACUCCCCUUGAGCUUUUACUUCUUGACCGCGUUACAAAAUGCAAACUGUGAUGUAUUUUUGGGGAGAUUUUAUGUGAUUGACACACAAAAAGUUGUGCAUUAUUAAGAAGCGGAAGGAAAAAUUCUACAUAAAUAAGUGGAAAUCCUUUUGCGUUUUAAUCAUCCCUCAUCAUUUUGACGCUCCUGAAUGAAAUACAGACGCUUUUGGAAACCAUCUAUUUGGUAAACCAGAGUCGGUUUAUGUUUGCUUUAAUUCUACUUUAAAUCCAGCUGUUGAGGUUCGAGAACUUCACUAAAAACCUGAAGAUCUCAGUCUGUUGAAGGGCCUGAUUACAACCGACGCUCCUCUUUCCAGAUGUUUAAACUUCCUGCAGCUUCCCAGUUUUGUGCCUGUUUGUUUUCGUCCUUUGUCUCUUAAAAGUCCAAUAAAAUACAGUGCAGUUUGUUGUCAUUUUAA